GGGGCGGGGACGCAACGCUGCCGCGCCGCCGGGUCCCGUGACCGCGCGCCCCGCCCGCAGCCGCCGCAGCCGCCGCCGCCGCCGCCGUCAUGCAGUCCCCGGCGGUACUCGUAACCUGCAGGCGCGUUCAGAAUGCCCACACAGGCCUCGACCUGAGUGUGCCCCAGCACCAGGAGGUGCGUGGUAAGAUGAUGUCCGGCCACGUGGAGUACCAGAUCCUGGUGGUGACCCGGCUGGCUGCAUUCAAGUCAGCCAAGCACAGGCCCGAGGACGUCGUCCAGUUUUUGGUCUCCAAAAAGUAUAGCGAGAUUGAGGAGUUUUACCAGAAGCUGAGCGCUCGCUACGCGGCGGCCAGCCUGCCCCCACUCCCCCGGAAGGUGCUGUUUGUUGGGGACUCUGACAUCCGGGAGAGGAGAGCUGUGUUCGAUGAGAUCCUGCGCCGGGUCUCCGAGGACGCCGAGCUGGCCAGCAGCCCAGAGCUGCUAGAAUUCUUAGGCACCAGAUCGCCAGGGGCUGCGGGUCUCAGCAGCAGAGAGCCCUCUGACCAUGACCCCGACAGCCAGGCCGGGGACCACGAGGAGGCUUUUGACUUCUUUGAGCAGCAGGAGCAAGUGGCAGCUGAGGGUCCACCCAUCCUGGGCCUGAAGGGCGAGGAGCCGGAGAAGGCCUUGGACGAGGAGGAGGAGGAAGAGGAGGAGGCACUGGAUCCCCUAGGCAUCCUGCGCUCCAAGAAACCCAAGAAGCGCCCGGAAGUGGCGGCGAAGGCCCAGCCCUCGCAGCGGCCCCGGCCCCGGCUCACCAUCUUCGAUGAGGAGGUGGACCCUGACCAGGGGCUCUUCAGCCCUGGUAGGAAGGUCUCCUCCCAGGGCCACGUGGAGGACGAGCCUCCCACAGACCCCCUGAAGCUGUUCGAUGAUCCUGACCUUGGUGGGGCCGUGCCCCUGGGUGACCCCUUACUGCUGCCCGCUGCCCACCAGAGUGGAAGGCCCGCAUCCAGCCCAGGCCCCAGAGCUGCCUCCGAGGAGCUGUUCAGAGUGGAAGAGGAUUUGGACCAGAUUCUGAACCUGGGGGCUGAGCCCCAGCCCCAGCCCCAGCCCCAGCCCAAGCCCAAGCCCAAGCCGCCGGUGGCAGCCAAGCCAGCACUGCCCAGAAAACCAGCACUGCCCCCCAAAGCAAGCCCCCCGGAAGCCGUGGCAGGGCAGCCGAAGCAGCAGCAGCAGAUCCAAGCCAUGGACGAGAUGGACAUCUUGCAGUACAUCCGGGAUCACGAUGCUCCUGCCCAGGCCGCCCCCAGCCUCUUCUGACCCCCAGCUGGUGCCGGGCCGGGCCUGGAGGCCCUCCUGCCUGUGUGAGUGGAGGGUGCCUGGUGGGAUGCCGUGGUGGCCCCCUUGGGUAUGCUCUUCAUGUCCAGGGCUAUUUUUAAUGAAAUCUCCGAGGGAGGGGAGGGGACCCCGAGCCCUGGGACCCUACACUGCAUUGCUCCCUUUAUCCCAGGCUCAGGGGUCAAGCAGAGGUCACCACAGGAGCCCACACUGUCACAGCUCACGUCGGCAUGGAGAGGAGAGUGAGUGUGGGGUGCCUGGCAAGCCAGGAGCCCGGCCCCAAGGAGAGGUUGGAUUUGGGGGCAGCAGCUCUGGGAGGGCGUCUCCCUUGUGCCCUCUGAGUCUGCCAGCCCAGCAUGGAACAGAGGACCCAGCUGGCCUGGUCCUGGGCUGAGGGUGGCAGGUCCCUGCGCUCAGGGUGGGCGCUGUCGUGGGCCUCCCGGGAGAGGGAUGCUGGGCAGGAGAGCCCAGAAGUCUGGGGUGUGCUGAUGUUCGCCCCUCCUGAGCCUCUUCCGGUUGCCAGCUCUAUGGGGACAAGUUGGACCCCUGCCAGGCCCCAGACUUCCUCCCUCUUGCUUUCCCAGGAAGGGCCUGGCCAGGUCACGGCCUCCUUGGGCCUCUGCACACAGAGCCAGCAUCCACCAUCGCCCUCUCAGCAGAGUGGGCCGUGCACGCCCCAGAGCUCUGCUGGGCCUGGGGCUUGGGUGGGGCUUCCUGUCCCCAGGGGUAUACAGUGUGCUCAGGCUUCUGCUCCUCGGUGACCUGUCCCCAGUGGGGCACGUGCCAGGGCAGGCCACGGCCUCAGGUGUCUCCCAGAGCUCAGCGCCCUGAUCGCUCAGCGGGACGUUCCAGGGAGCAGAGGAGGUCAGGGUGGCCUCCUGCAUGUGUUCUUCCCGUUCAGAGCCAGUUUUUAAUGAAACGCCAUCAUUAAUGAGAUGCGGUCUCUGGUGUCCAUUGGCUCUGUCCUGCCUCCCUGUAGGCCUGGAGAUAGCCCAAUCUCCAGUAUGCCAAGCUCCUCCCUGUGCCAGGACCUGCAGGGCCAGGAGCGCUGAGUCUGAGCUGUCCCCUGUCCCCUGGCCAGUCCUGAGCAGGCCAUCUUGCCACCCCUGCCCCAGCAGUGGGAGAGGAUCUGAGGUGGUGGAGCAGGCUAAAGUAGUGCCCCUCCCCAUCCAUAGGCCCCACACUCUUGCUGGAGCAGCAGGAGGCCACCCACCUCGUGCUGACUCCAGCUCUCCCCUCCCGACCCCUGCCCCCUCCCACUAGACUGGGUGGAGUCAGAAAGGAGCAGAGCGGGGCAGGGCAGGAUGAUGGGAGAGGCCUGGUUCCCUGGCCAGGCGCCCUGAUGGACCUGGCCUGCCCUCUGGCAUAGGUUCACCUGCCGUGGGCCCAGCCUCCUCAGGGUCUGGUGGUCUCUGGACUCCUCAGGGAAGCAUGGGCUCCCCAGAGACCCAGGCUCCAGCUGUGGCUCAGUUCUCAGUUCUCACCUACAAGUCCAUGAGCUGCUGGCCCGUCCGUCGUCCUGUGCACUCUCUGCUGGUGCUCAUUCCCACAUCUGUUGCCUGUGCCUUUCUGUGCCUGGGCUGAGGGACACGGGGCAGACGGACGGUGGGGCUGUCCUUGAGAACCCCGGGAUCAGGGCAGGCACUCGGCACUCCCACAUCUCAGCCACGUGCCUGGCUUGAGUCCGGACUCCGUUUCCAAACCAGCUACCUGCUGACGUGCACCGGGGGAAGCAGCUGGGGUUGGCUCAGGUGCUGAUCCCUGCCACCUACACGGGAGACCCAGGCUAAGACCCGGGCUCCUGGCUUCAGCCUGACCCAGUCCUGGGUGUUGUGGGGCGUUCAGGGAGUAAGCCAGAAGGGAAAGCUCUCGCUCUGUCCCCCGCCUCCCCUUUCUGCCUUUUGAGUAAAAGUUUUUGAAGAAAAUAAAAAAAAUAUUUUGGAAUAAAGCAAUGGACUCAACCAGGCUGCUGCUUGGUAGGGGAGGGAGGGGAAAGGGAGGGUUCUGGUCAUUCUUUCCCACCAUGGAACUUGAGGCAGGAGGCCCAGGGACCUAGGCCAGUAACUGCUCAGCCAGGACCUGCCUGCCCCCCAGCCCUCACCUCCCGUCUCCCCAAAGCAGGGACCAGCAGGGAUCGCUGUGGGCUUGCAUCUGGCCUGAGGCCCCUUCACCCCCAGGGCAGGGAAACUUGGCCUGGCCUCCGCCCUCCUGCCAGGGCCAGGCAGCUCUGCAAGCUGGCGUGCCCUGGAGAAGCGGCUGCCCAGGUAGUUGGGGCGGCCACAGGCUGUGUGAGCUGUGACUUGGGCUGGGAUCUCGUAGCUAAGAUUGGAGUCCAGGCCCCAAGGACGGGUGGCUGGGCUUUUGAGAGAAAGACUGUGCAGUCCCAGAACCUGCAGCAGAGGGCUCGCUAUGGACAGGAACCGGGUUUUGUUUGGGACAGCGACACUUGUUUAUUUUGUAAGCCUGUUGUGAGGCUGUGGACAGGAUGUACCGCCCGUGGCUGGCGUCCCACGCUCCCUCCCGCCAUUGUUCUCUCAGGAAGCCGUAAACUCGGGUCGGUUGGUUCUGGAAAGCCCCCGUGCUAGGGCGGGUCCUGGCCAGGCCCGUGUCGUGGGCUCCGCCGGAGAGUGGCUGCCUGUCGAGUUCUGGUGUCCUGAGACCUUGUCAGUGCAGGGCACCUGGGACCCAGUUCACCCCGCGUGCCUGCUGGCUGACCCUGAGGCCGCAGCCCUCAAGCCAGACACAGAAGAGAGGGUACAGUCCAGAUUCCGUGCCCAGGUGGGCAUGUGUCAACAUCUCCGGGCGGGGCUGACGUGGAGUUGAACUCAGAUCUCCAGGUCGCCAGCUGCCCAGCUCAGCACCUGCUGGGAAAGAGGAGGGUUGGGCUAGCAGCAUGUCCCUUGGCCUGUGGCCCUAGCUAGACAGCAGGUGCAUCCCGGUGCUGCUUGUUUCUGUGUGGGUGCCGACUACCCAGAGAGGCAUGGACAGCCCUCAUAGCCCCUUGAUAGGCCAAGCUGUGAGCGUCAGGCUUUGGAUGGUUCCAGAAACUGCCGGCUGCUGGCUCCAGACCAUCCCCACUCACCUCCCUGAGGCCUGUGGCUGGGGGAAGCUGAGCGAGGGGCCAGCCAGUAGGUAAAGCAAAGGUUGGUCGGGCUCCGAGGACCUGGAAGGAGCCGGGUUCCAGUCCAGCCCUGGCUGUGGUGCCCCUCAGCUCAAGUGCUCAGUGAGGAGACGCACUUGGGCUUGUGGGAAGGGGCCAGGUAGACUGUGAAGUCCUGUUCGUGCCUGCGGGUGUUUCGGCAGGCUGGUCACUGUCCCUGUCCCCAGAGGGAGCCUGCCUGGGACUGGCCUGGCGUGUGCUGUGACUCAGAGUGCAAAUAGCCAUCUCUCCUGCGUGGCUGACCUUGGCCGAGACAGCCAGGGAACUGGCAUUUUUGGGGUGACACCUCAGAUAAAGCUGCACUUCCUGGAAUAGGGGUUGCGGGGUCUCUGUUGACAGCUGUCAGAGGCCUGCUGCCUGCACAGCCUCCGGACUGCUUCUACAGUAAAGCCAUGUUGGCUGUCUGCAGCCCAGCUGGCCAGUCCCCUUGCCUCUUUUCUCUCAUAGAGAGCUCGAGCCAAACACCCGGUAUCCAUUAGGCACCUGCUGUGUACAGGGACUGUGUCCUGCCAAACAUGGGGAAUCAGGCACAGGGAGGCUUCGGAAAGCAGAGAAAAAGCAGGUCAGCCCACCCAGCUGUGCUGCAUGCCAGCCACAGAGUGGGACGGGAGACCAAGCCACUGGGAGCAGGACCAGGACCCAAACUGCGCCGUGUGGAAGGCACCACUGUGGUGCUCAGGGGACACCAGAGUCCAGGGCAGCCAGCAGGGAGCAUCCCCAGGGACCGGCCACAUGCAGGGCCUGUUCCAGGCACAGUGCAGGAUGCAAGGAUGGAAAACCUGAGCCAUUAAAGCUGAUCCUACCAGACGCCACGCUGCACCCUGGUUCCGUUCACUUCUCUGGGCUUUCUUCCCAAACCUCAGACACAGCUAAAAGAGGUGCCGCCUCCUCCACGCAGCCCUCUCUGCCACCUGCCACACCUGCACAGCUUGUUGGGUGCAGCCAGGGCUCAGGCUUUUGGUCUUGGCGCCGGUUUCUUGGGGCUGCUGGGACAAUGCUUCACAAACUGGGUGGCUUCAAACGACAGUGUGGAUUCUCCCAUAGCUCUGGGGCCAGACGUCUAAAGUGAAGGUACUGGCAGGGCUGUGGUCUCUCGGAAGGCCCGGGGCACGGGGUGGCCAGCCUUGCUCCUGGUGGCAUCUGGAACUUGAUGGCACUGCAGGGGUCCUGAGCUGGUCUCUGCAUUACUCCGCUCCGUGCCUCCGCCUUCUGUCCUGUGUGUUUACACGCAGCCUGCUCUGUGACUCCGAAUUUCCCUCUUGUAACAACCCCAGUCAUGGCUCUAGAAUGCCCUCCUUAUCUCCCAUGGCUUCAUAUUACCUCGAUGAUAUCUGCACAGACCCUAUUUCCAAAGAAAACGAUCUUCUCGUGUUCCAGGUGGGCCUGGGUUUGAAGGGACACUCUUUGGCUCAGUGAAAUGACCUGCGUGCCUGGCACUCAGCAGUAAACUCAGGCAGGCAGCGUCCCAUCCUGUCCCGCAAAACCGUGGCCUCUGGUUGGCAGGCACCUGCGUUUUCACAGCCUGUCCUAGGGGGGCGCUGUCAGGGCAGGGUAGCAUGGCUGGACACGUGUGUGAUGAUGAGGUCUGUCUUUGGCAGCUGCCAGCAAAAAUGCUGGAGCCUGUCAAUCUAAAGUCCCAUGUCUUUACAGGGUAGUGAAGUAACUUCUCGGAGUUAUAUGGGGCACGAGAUGGAGCGUGGGGGUGCAGAGCUGUGCUGGUUGACAGUGGGAGAGCAGCUUGCCUUCCUGCGGGGUGGCACAGCUUCGGGGAAGGCUUUCCCUGGUUGGCACCUGCUGCUCAGAGCCUGGCCUGAUGGCUUCCCCAGGCAGCCAGCUCCUGGGGCUUCCCUCCCCAUCGUCCUCUCGCUGGGCCUGUGAGAUUGGAAAAGCUCUGACGGAGCUGCAGUGCCUGGACCCUAAGGCUUCCUUUGCCCCUGCCAUCUCCGGAGAGCGGGCUCCUGACGCCUCCCCGUGUGUAGUACGUUCCUGGGCUUUCUUUUGGUUUAAGAAGUCGCUUGGCUGAUUUCUCCUAAUGAGUGUGCUAGGUCCCAGAGAGCUAUGUUUUGAAGACUGGGGAAUAGAACAGCUGAGUUCUUGUGCACCUGUUUCUGGGCUUAUCCACAGCGGCCAAGGGGCCAAGCGUGACUCAGCGCCUGCCUACCAGGACCUCGUUUUACUGGUCAGGCUGUGUGAAGACUAUUGCAAUAGCUUGGUCUGGGGUGGGGGUGACCCUGGUUCAAACCAGGUCGCAGGCUGUAAAAUUCCAUGGGAGUAGCAAUGGAACAUGCCUCUGCAUUUUGGUUAAAUAUAUAGUACACACACACACAUAUAUGUUUGGCUAGUUUUUAAGAAAUGGAACAUAAACUUACUGUACCCCCUAGCAAUUUCACUCUUAGGUAUAGACCGAAAGAGAACUAGAAGCACACGGAGUCUUCAGAAGCUUGUGGGAGAUGCACAUCUUGAAAAAGCUACGCCUGGACCUCAGAGUGCUUUACACCAAAAGAAACUCUGGUGGUUGCGUUUUCCGUGCACUUUGUGACCACCCUCGUAGGGCCUCCUGAAGAUGUGCACACAGAUGUUAGCAGCUGUGCUCACCACAGCCAGAAAGCGAGUCCUUAGCUGUCGGCUGGACAAGCAGCAUGCUCUGUCCGCAGGGUGGCUACUGCGCAGCCUUGGGAGGGGCGGAGCAGUGAUGCACGCCACAGCCUCACACUGAACCCUGAAACCUCGCCGAGUGAGGCGGCCCGGCUCAGCGGAGCACACAUCCCUAGGGACCAAGUCAACCAGGAGUUAGCUCAGGCUGGGGUUGGAACGAGCGGUGGCCAGAUGGACAGUGAUGGGCACCGAGGAUGUUCUUGGGUGACAGAAACCGUCUAAAAUCUGAGGUUUGCACAGUUCUAAAAGUUUACUAAUAGGGCCAGCGCUGUGGUAUAGCGGGAAAAUCCACUGCCUGCAGUGCUGGCAUCCCAUAUGGGUGCCGGUUUGAGUCCCGGCUGCUCCACCUCCGAUCCAGCUCUCUGCUGUGGCCUGGGAAAGCAGUGGAAGAUGACCCAAGUAAUUGGGCCCCUGCACCAAUGUGGGAGACCCAGAAGAAGCUCCUGGCUCCUGGCUUCGGAUCGGCCCAGCUCUGGUCAUUGCAGCCAUUUGGGGAGUGAACCAGCAGACUGAAGACCUCUCUCUUUGUCUCUCUCUGCCUCUGCCUCUCUGUAACUCUGCCUUUCAAAUAAAUAAAGGUUUUUUAAAAAGUUUA